ACUUACUCGCAUUAUGUAAUCACGUGACGUUGUCUGACAUGGAGCCGGAUGAGACAAUUGCGACUGCUGCUGCUGCUUCAACUUGUUCAAGUUUGCCUACCGAUAGACAUCUGGACAGUAGUGGUACUAAUUCUACUCUUAUCGAUGAGUCUAAGUUCAGCACAAUUCAAGAAGGAAAAGCUACAAUCCUUUUUCCCAAAACAGAAGAAGUGUUUUACAAUCCAGUACAGGAAUUUAAUCGAGACUUGAGUGUUGCAGUCAUCAGACAAUUCUCUGAACGACAUGCUGCUUGCAGUCACAAUAGGAAGAAAAGAAGAAAUGAGUCUGAUAGCCAUUUAUCUGCUCCUCCUCAGUCUAACAGAGAUAGUACUGCGAGUGCAUCAUCUGCAUCAUUACACCAAAUUAGAUUGACAAUAUUAGAAGCUCUAUCAGCGACAGGUCUGCGUUCUGUACGUUAUGCACUGGAAAUCCCAUCAAUCAACAAAAUAGUUGCCAACGAUAUUAGUCCUGAAGCCGUGGAGCUGAUUAAGACCAACGUGGCACACAACAAAGUAGAAGACUUGGUGACACCAAAUUGUGCUGAUGCCAGUGUGUUUAUGUACCAACAUCGAUGGUCAGAGAGGCCGACAUUUGAUGUUGUUGAUCUUGAUCCAUAUGGAUCACCAGCUCGUUUUCUUGAUCCUGGGAUUCAGGCAGUGAAGGAUGGAGGUCUAUUGUGUGUGACGUGCACUGACAUGGGUGUGCUGUGUGGUAAUCGGGGUGAGGCAGCGUUUGCAAAGUAUGGAGUCAUGCCUCUAAGAGGUGUCUUCUGCCAUGAAAUGGCACUUCGUCUUGUGUUGGCUUGUAUUCAAGGUCACGCGGCUCGCUAUAAACGUUACAUCAUCCCGCUGCUGUCUGUCAGCAUUGACUUCUACAUUCGCAUAUUUGUGCAAGUCUUCUCAAAUGCAUCAGAAGUCCGUGCGUCAGCCAGCAAAUUGGCUUAUGUAUAUCAUUGCGUGGGCUGCGAGAGCUUCUAUCUGCAACCAGUAGGGAAAAUGAUUGGCAAGGAAAAAUACAGUCCUGGAACAGGCCCUCCUGUUGGACAAAAGUGUGACCAAUGUGGCAGCUUAUUUAGAAUAGGUGGUCCGAUGUGGAAAGGUCCUAUUCAUGACUUUGAGUUUGUGGAAAAAGUACUGGAUCACGUGAAAGGCAACAAGGAAUCGUAUCACACUGGUGAUCGGAUUGCAGGCAUACUCACGGUUAUAGCAGAGGAGUUGCCAGAUGCACCUCUUUUCUAUGAAUUAGACAAGAUGUCUGGAUUUUUGCAUUGCGUUACUCCUGGCAUGCUUUCAUUUAGAUCCGCUUUGUUAGAUCUUGGCUACGAUGUUAGCUUCAGUCAUUGUCAGAAACAAGCUGUCAAGACGAAUGCACCUCCAUGUGUAUUGUGGGACAUUAUGAGAUGUUGGGUAAAGGAGCAUCCCAUUAAGCGGUUAAAUGAAAAGUCACCGGCAGCAGAAUGUCUGGCUAAAGAGCCAAGUGUUCAAGCCAACUUUCAACUGAGACCGAAUGCCAAUCCUGUAUCACGACAGAACAAGAUGCUGCGAUUUCAAGAGAAUCCUCACGCCAACUGGGGCCCAAAGUCAAGAGCAAAAAAAAGAAAACAAACAGCAUCAGGUGAGACAGUGCCAGAGAAAAGGAAGAGACUUCAAGGACACAGGACAGAUUCGGCAAAGGCAGCCAGCUUAAAGCAGUACAAAUGCAAGAGAUUUAUGAGAGGUGAGUGUACGUAUGGCGACGAUUGCAGAUAUUCUCACGACGUCGAUGUUGAUGCAGAGACACUGUGAUUUACAAGCUGAGAAUGCAUGCAUAUAAGAGUCAUUGGAUAUCAAUACAAUGUACUGAAAUGUACAGACGUGCAAUAUCCAGCAAGUCUUGUGUGUUAGUAAAUGUAUCAAUUAGUUAAUUAAAUGUAUUACAGUUUGUAGUGAGUAAUGACCUGUAUGACAGGUAUGUGUGUACAAAUAUAGAAAGUCAAU